UCAAAUGAGAGUUGUGAAACGAUUAGAAAAAACCACGUUGCUGAAUGCUGGCGCUAGUUUAGUUAAUAAUAAUCGUUAGUAAUGUUGAUGUUCUGUCCCACAUGCGGUAAUCUACUGCUGGUGGAAGAGAGCACCGACUCGCUCAGGUUUUCCUGCAACACGUGUCCUUACAUCUGCAAGAUCCGGAGAACUAUUUCCAGCCGCAUCUACCCCACGCUGAAGGAGGUAGACCAUGUGAUGGGCGGUUCCGCAGCAUGGGAGAACGUUGACUCAACCGAUGCCGUAUGCCCUUCCUGCUCACAUAAUCGAGCUUACUUUAUGCAAAUGCAGACCCGUUCGGCGGACGAACCGAUGACCACGUUUUACAAGUGCUGCAACCAAACGUGUGGUCAUAAUUGGCGCGAUUAAGUAAAAGCUGAAGCUCGUUUAUACAAGCAACAUUAAAUCGAUGUUUUCCAGCAACAUUA